GUGAACAUGGCGCCUACAGGGCUGAAAAUGACCAACUGUGCUUCCCAUGUUUCAAAGCACCCCGAGUACAAAUCAGCCGAGGGUUCGCUGAAAGGCAUGCAAUGUUAGAAAUUAUGUGAUUGAGUCACAUAUCGCCAGCCAUGUCGAGGCAAUUGAUACUAUACGCGUUGCUCGCUACAAUCCCCGGCGCUCGAGCCACAGGAUGGGAUGAUUUCACGGACGACCUAGCAACAGAUCUGGUAAGUCUUAUGGCUGAACUCCCAGGCAAGACACGCCGCCAUGGUAACAUGAUCAAUCUAGGCACCUCUGAUCUCGCUUUUCGGGGAUCGACUGAGCAAGCAAUACCUUUCCGAGUCGAUCAACAUCCUUGACAGCUUCAUCUUCGCCGUUUCUCCACUGGGUAUUCUCAC